AUGGCAACCACAAUCUCUAAUCAUUCUCUUCAAUUCCUUGUUACUCUUCUUGUCCUUAAUUUUUUCGUAAACUUGAGUUUAGUUGAUGGACAAGGUGACCCUAAAUCGAGUCCCCAAUAUAUGAAAGCCAAUGCGGCACUAAAAGAAUGCCUUUUAAACCUCGAGUCGACCACCGCCUCGAUGGCCAAACUUCCCAAAACCCCUGCCAUGCAAGAUUGCUCCGAGGUACUUGGCGAUGGCGUAGAUAAGAUCAGGAAGUCGAUUGGCGAGAUGGAUACGAUUCAAUCGUCCGAUUUUAGUUUCAAGACAAACAACAUUCAGACAUGGGUUAGUAGUGCUUUGACGGGUUUGACCACCUGUAGUGAUGGGCUACCCAACGAUCCAACCAAAACCCAGGUUCAGACAGUUUCAAAAAAGACAAGUAAUGCCUUGGCUUUGAUAAACGAUUUUGCAAAAGUACAGAAAUAA